UAGUCGUCUGGCAAGAAGCGUCGUUGCACCUAUCCCUAACUUCACUGCGGCAGAUGAAGGCAAGUUCUAAAGAUUAAUUUCUGCUCGUGUGAAACAUCCUCUGUACAUAUGAGCCACGUUUAAAUGUUGCAGAUAUUUUGCAGACAGAUCGUCCUUUGUCGUUUCAUUCUCUGGCCUAUGACAGCGCUCUCCAGAACGCUUUUCCUGUCGCGACCCUCUCCAUGAUAAAGUACCACUGUUUGACUGCUGGCGGAGAAAGCCGGAAUGUACAAGUCGCCCAGAGGUAGCCCGCAGCUAUCAUCAGUCAGCCAUAAGCACAGAACGAAAGAGCAGCGCUUAGAAUUAGACGAAACAGGCAAUAUUGGCGACUACUCACUUGCACGUGUAUCCGAGACCCAAAACGAGCGGUCAACGUUGAAACAAGCUUUACCCACCACCGAUCUAAACAGGAACAGAGAGCGGUUCCGCCCGAUUUCGAGGUUCAGACCAAUUGUCAUCAAUCCCAAUCUUCUCUUCGCUACAAAGUUCGAACACUGAACUUGUGUCGAUGCAUUGAACACAUUGUGUAGUUUAACUCUGUUUUAGCAAGUGCCUUUCGAAUGACGGUAGUUCAAAAUACUUCAUUGCAUUUGCGUGCAAAUUGUGUGUAUACGCCCAACACAGGGAGAACAAAACAUACAGUUACACAUUACCAGAUACGAAAGGACGUGCACGCAGUUCAGCAACGAUCACGCAACGAUCAGAUCUGCUUUCGAAAAUAUUGCUAGGUGCAACGCGGCUAGCCAAUCUGUGAUAGGAGCUUGAUAGCUAUGAUCUGGCCCUUCUUCCUGAGAGCCUUCGCUUUUCGUUUGGAAGAACGGUCACGCCUAAAAAAGCUGUUGUCAAGACACUUCGAUCUAGAAAACCUACGUACCUAUCAAAUCACUGCUUGCAUUGAAGAAUAGGCCGUAAUUACCUGAUUGAGCAACGCCUGCAGGAUAAGUACUCAUGGCAUUUAUAUAACACCGAGACCUUUCAUACAGUUCAGCUAACAACGAGAAUAAUUGAUUGGUUUCGUUGUUGACGAAGACUGAUUACCUUUCUGAUGUCUGUGACAGAACGCAGUGAUCUUCAUCGUCUAAUCGCAUCCUCGUCGGUUUGAAAACUUGUCAAAAAGCGACAAUAGACUGCCAUAUUUCCUUAGAUCAAUACGAGAAAUUUCUUAGAACCGAGAUCAAAGAACAAAGACCUUGCUUUAAUUGCACCUGCAAACGAAUUUCAGUACCAAUAGCGGUUAGAAAAAUCGAUUCAGCUGACUUGUGCAAUUGCUGUCAGCUUGUUUUACAACAACUCAAAUACUGCACAGAUACAGAGUGCAGGAAUCGACGCGAAUGAAUUUGACAACCCGAUUCGCAGUCCUUAUUUUCGUUCUGGCGUUAGUAUGGCAUUACAGUUUCGGUCUCCUUGGCGGUAGAAAUCGUGCAGGCUCGUCGCGAGAACCCAAAAAAAACUUGCACAAGACCAUCGUUUACACGUACGGACUGACAAUUGCCGAAGUUAAAAGGGAACCUUUUAAUGGAAAUAUAACUUAUUGUAAACUCAUCGAACUCAAAACAGGGGACGAAUGUACGAAGAUAUUGGAGAACGUCACUGCUCCCAUACGGCAUUUAUGCGCCAAAAAGAUGAUGAAUUUAAUCGUCCAAUGCAUGAAUUCGCCGAACGAGGGUGGCGUCGAUAACGUCGGAGACGAUACUGGAUUCUUAGCGGGCUUAAUUUCAGGAAUCUAUCCCGGUACAAAAUGGUGUGGUGCUGGGCAUAGAGCGAAAAAUUAUUUCGAUCUCGGCUUAGAGGUGGAACUCGACAAAUGUUGCAGAGCUCACGACCAUUGCCCCAUUAAAGUCGGACCAUGGGCUCUUGGUUUUGGAGGACGCAACUGGGCUUUCUAUACGAUAUCACAUUGCGACUGUGAUACUGACUUCUUCAACUGCCUCGCUGAAGUUGAUAAUCAAGCGGCUGAUACUAUCGGAGUAUUGUACUUCAAUACAAUGAAAGUACCCUGCCUUCGCGAAAGUCCACAAGUAAAGCUUUGCCCACCAGCAACGUCAAGCGAACGAUGUCCGACGGCUCAUUUGCAAGACAUGCUAGUGCUUAAUUCAUUUCAACCAGAAUAUGUAUUUUAUGAGAAAAACCGUACCAGGCCGCGAUGAUCAUAUAAAGCGCAGUUCUUCGGUGAUCUGAUAAUACCUAAUAAAUUAUCCGUACGGCAUAAGCUACUAACUGGUCGGAUAAAUAGAUUUUAGAGAAACCUUGUGUUUGGUAGACGCUUCAAGGAACCAUUAUAUCACCUUCGCUGUCAAGUCAUAUCUAUAAUGCGAACAAUUUUAGUAAGACAGAAUCCCUCAAUCAUUUGAAGACACCAUGGAAAUAACCAUAGAAUCAAGGCAAAGCGGUUUGCAACAAAGUAAAGCAACUACUUAUCAGCGUAAUGCGUCGUCGACGCCCGAUUUGCAGUAAUAUUGCGGUAAAUAUACACGUUGUUAUACAGAGAAGGAACUGUCACAUUAACAUUUGAAUUUCUUCAACCCAUAUAAGCCACGAAGCGUUUUAACAGCUUACUUUCUUAAGCCUGGAGGACAAAUAUGUUGGUUUUUUAGAUCAUCUAUUUAUAGGGCAGGAAAUUUAAAUAGCAUUUUAUUUUUCUUUUUUUGUUACUUACUCAGAUUCUACCUAAGGCUACAUCUAAACAGUUUGGAGCAGCCUAUCUUACAUUUGCUAGAAUACAGUCAUGUUUACUCAAUAUAAUGCGCCAUCCACAGUUUUCUUUUGUGAGUGUACCUGUGCCUCUUUGGUGGAGGCACGAGUGAGCGAGUCGAUGUUGUCAUUCGGAAAUCUGUUAGACUCAUAAAUGCUCUGUACAUGAAUCUCCAGCAACGGAUGUAAAUAUGCGCCGUUUUGUGGCCAUAUAUGCUCACUCCAUACACCACCACGCACACCAUGGCAAUAAAGCCAGUCCUCCUCUAUCCAUAUAGAAUAAGCCGAUUUGCUGAGAAACGUAUGGCCUCUUUUUAGAUACUUUAGCUGUCCAUGGUUGCAUGAUUUUUAUAACUGCAGAUGUAGCUUCGUUGGCGUUUUGGGAAUAUGGUAUCAUGAUGUAUAUUUCACUAGUUAUCACACAAACCACACAAACAACAAAGCUAAGUUUGCUUUUCCUCACAAUAAGCAUAUACCUAUGGGAUUGUGAGCACGCCGGAAAUUAUUUCUGCGAUUAUUUUUUGCAUCGAUAGGGAAUCCCUAUGUUACUGUCCGAAAAGAACCGAAGACAACCUGCUGCUUGCUCUUCGCGAAAAUUGUUAAGUUGACGUAAACGACACGGAUCACGUAAUUGGUUUUAUUGUCUUCAGAAAAAAUCUGUCUUACUUCUAUGACACAUGGCAUGUACUUAAGCCUUCAUGAACAAUCCGUAACGUUGUACGUCUACUUAUAUCAGAUAUUAACGACCUGAUCGUAAUAAAAGGAUCAUUCGAAGUGUAAUUUCAAACGACACCCGUGUACCCUGAGAUCCUCGCUGUUUUUUUUUACCUCAAUCACGGAUUUUUUAUUUUGCUUUGUUGUAAUCGGCUUUUGCUUCUUCUGCAGUCGUAUUUAUCAUUGGCGAAGCGGUGCCUUUUUAUCAGUCUGGAGUAAGCCAAAACGUUCACACUUCGCCCAGCAUGAAGAUAUUUGAUAAUAGUUGACC